CACAGGGGGGACAGAAUUCCAUGACGGACAGGCCGACUUCCGGUCUAGUUGUAAACACCGCAGAUAUAGACACGCGUGUCAGCAUGCCGAAAAUAACGAAAGGAAAAGCAGCGGAGAAAGUGGUGCAUCCGUACAGCAGGAAGGCUGCGUACCUGGCCCGAGAAGAAAUACGACUGAAAAAGAAAGAAAGACAGAAGACUGAAAAAGCCACUCGUCUUAGUAACAUCGGUGAGAAGCUGCUGUGGUUUCAGGCACAGUUGGAUCCAACGAAGACGACAUACACGAAAAAAGAUGCUUGUGACAUCAUUGAAAGGUAUCUCCAAAGAUUUGAUUCUGAACUGGAGCAGAUUGAGUUAAUGAAUGGGAUAAAAGGUCGGCAGGGUCGUCUCCAUGGCGCCAGAGAGUCUGUUAUUAAACAGACGAUUGAACGAGAACGAGCCGAGUAUGAGGGCAUCGGAUUCGAAAUGCCAGACAUCAUUAACACAAAACAUCUAAAAACAUUCAGGGAGUGGACCGGCGAUCUAAAGAAACUUCCAAAUAUUAAGCUACGAAAAGUGUCCAACAAAGGUCUGGAAAUGAGGAAAGAAGAGGCGGAGAAAGAGGAGCCUGAAGAAGACCUCGGUGAUGAUGAUGAUGAAGAUGAUGCGGAUGAUUUAAAUGACGAAAAAGCAGAUGAGAUGCUGCUGAUGUCGGACUGAGAAACAUAAAAAAACGACAGACUUUUUUAAAAUUGUUUCAUUAAAAAGUGAUUGUGAGAAAAUACUGCUACUCCAUUACUGUCCUGCAGAGAGCGCUGAAACUUCAGAUAAACGUUUACUCUAUAUUCACCUUCAAGGUUUGUUCCUCAGACACCAAACACAGACAUAACAUGGGGUUCUACAUUCAUUAUUUAUUGCACAAACAAAUAUAAAUUGAAUGUAACCUGAAUAUUCCGUUUCAACCGAUCAUAAAUAGAAAAAGGGUUUUAUAUCGAGCGCUUUAAUAAUGCAGUUAAAGACAGGGGAAAAAAAGUGUAGUUUUAUGUUUGACUGUGACACUGUUUUAACAAAUUAAACCUGUAGAAAAAUGGACGAGUGUAAACAACAACCGCCAUUAAUAAACUGACCAGUCAGUUAUUUUUAAAAAACACAAAAGAAUGGCAACCAUGAAACUCUAGUUACAUUAACAUACAGAGAUUAUGGAACUGUUCAGAGCUUGGACCACAUAACAAAGCUCAAACUGUCAAAGCAAAACAUCAUAACCACUGGGCUACAUGAGAUUUACUUACAUGAGAAAUAUUUAAAACUAAAGCCUACAACAGCAAGUAAGUGCUCUAAAACAUUUCUUUUAGACAGAAAGUUAAAGAUACAGUUUAAAUAAUGGUUUCUCUGUUUUACUUCUGACUCUUUGGUGUCUGAAUACCUGAUCGUCCCAAAGGAGGGUUAAUGUCUCAGUAUGCUUUAAACAAAGUGUCUGUUGGGUUCUCCAGACCAGUGAAUCCCAACCAGGGGCCACUUAUAAAUGUGGUUUGAGAAAUGAAAAUAAUGCACAAGGAGCUCGAUUUUUCCAGGUAGUUGAAAGAAAUGGUAUGGUGAAGGAGCCAACAUAGUGCAACAUUUGACUAAAGGUAAACAGGCUAAAGUAAAAGAUAAAAUCCUUCAAUCUAAAUCUAGUUCGAAUGGUUUACGGAGCUUGCGAAAUGAAACAAUUUGCUAAAUGUAAUGUAUUAGUGCUUUAUGUAGCACAGCAAAAUGUAAAAAAAAAUAUGAAUGUAACAGAAAACAAACUAGAGAUACAACGGUUGGGGGGAAAAAAAGGACUAAGGAAAUGAUAAAUUAGCUAAAUCUGAUCUUAGCAUGCUAAAUGUAACAGAUAAAUACUGAAACUGGUU